UGGCGUCACACAAAGAAACUGAACCGAGCGAGAAGAGUUCUGAAUCUGAUUCAAACUCAAACGACCUACGUCAUUACACCGAAGGAUUAGUCUUAACAGCAGACAAUUUCGAGUAUUUUCCGGCUGAAACAAUUCAGAAAUUGAUUAGGAGAAAGCAUGAUGCUGGUUUGUUGAGAUUGACCACAGUCGACGCACGAUUUGAGCCGAUGGUACGGGAAGUGUUUGCAAAAAGAUAUGCUGACCAAUAUUUCCUGAUCGAAGGAGAGAGCGAACGACACCGAAACAUUUAUUUUGAGCUAUUCAAUCUCUUUGGUGACAGCAUAAGAGCAAUUGAAGCGAACGGCUUCCAAAACAUCGAUGACAACCAUUGGCUAAUUCAACUAUUGGAUAAACACACGCCGAAUCUGGAAAAAUUGUGCUUUAAGAAAUGUUACUUUAAAAAUGUCGAUGAUUUUUUGUCGCGACAUACAAAUAUCACACAUUUGACGCUUCGCAAUGGAUCCUGUGGGUGGAAACAUCAGAUUCAAUUACCUGAUUACCGUAAUUUAAAGUCAUUAGAGCUGGUUGAUUUUUCGCAUAUAUCCAAACUAUCCCUGGAGCAAGUGCUUUUGCAUAAUCCACAAAUAGGACGAUUGGUUCUCACAUUUUGUGAUCAACAAUUCACUUUGUCAAACAUGAUGGCACUCGUUUGCACACAUUUAAAACAUUUGAAAGACCUGGAUAUAUUAGAUACUUACGCAUUUGGAAUAGAUUUUUCAAUUGUCGGACAUAUGUCAUUUGUGAUUGUCCAAAUUCCCACCUAUUCACUUGGAAUGAUAUACAUGGAAGAUUUUAAAAGUGGUUUGUUGGAACGUGUUAGUUCCGACUAUAAAAGUAUCAAACACUUAGAGCUAUUUAACUACCAUGGGCGUUUCAAUAAGGGAUUGAUCGAUGCAGUUGGCUCGUUUGACCAAAUUGAAACCCUUUCUGCGUCUUAUUAUUGUGAUCAAAAACAGCUCGAGGUUAUUAUUGAAAAUUUGCCGAAUUUACGAUGUUUGUCUAUUUCACGUAUAAUUCAUAGGACAAACGCUCACAUUCUAUCGAUCUUAAGUAAAUGUACACAUUUGGAGAAAAUUGUGAUCGACUCUGGAAGAUCUUCAGCCAACAAUGAUGAUGAGUCAAUGUACAGGAAAAAUUCACAUUUUCAUGAAGAAUUUAUCAAGGCCAUCAAAAAUCAACAUAUUACAUUGGAGUUGACGGAAAACGAUGAAUUCAUUGGGAUCAUAACAAAAGAACAAAUCAUUUGGAGGAAUAAGCUAUUACAUUGGGUUGGCUACGAUCCAAUUCACAGUCGCUCCGAUUUGCGAUUGUUGGAUUUGGCCACAAUUCCGGAAGGAUCCACCGGUAAACAUAAACAGCCGCUCAAUUUGAUUUUCAAUUAUUUGGACUUGGAUGGCCUUUACUCCUUCUCUAUGGCUAGUAGAGAGUGUAAACAACUGGUUCACGGUUACAUUUACCAACGUUGUAAACAAUCCUCCAAGAAACGUCCGAAACAACGUUCCAUUGACCGAGAGAAAUUUGUUUUGACAGACGAAUUUGGCAUGAAUUACAAUGGAUUGCGGAUGUUUGGAAAAAAUAUCAGAUAUUUGGAGGUUCAAAAUAUCAGAUAUUUGGAUUACAGCCCUCAAGGCCUACUGAAAGAAAUCGAAACAUAUUGCAAACUUCUCACAAAGCUAUGUUUCCAUACACGAAAUCGAAUUGAUCCGCACACCUUUAUUUUACCCCAAGUGAGACACUUUGUCUUUUACGGCUAUGGUGAAGAGAACUUAUUCCAUUGUGAUUUGAGUGAUCUAUCAGAAAAAUGUCCAAAUUUAGAAAUAUUAGAAAUUAGAACUGUGGCUAAGCUCUAUACCGGACAUUACAAAAAGGGAAGAAUUUUAUUUAAAAAUUUACAGAUGAUCAAGUUCAAACCUUUUGAUGACUCACAAGUAGAAUAUGCUAAAGAUUUAUUCAAAAACUCUGGUACUGAAGUUGUGAUUGAUUGUUAAUCGUUUGUUAUGAAUUUUGAAUAUUUUUGACCGAAUAAAUUCACUUAUGUACUCUGCACAAUGCAAAACGA